GAGAGAGAGAGAGAGAGAGAGAGACAGAUGUAAGUGGCUCGUCUGUGUACUUUAGAGGAAUAAUAAUAAAAAAGCAGAACAACACUGUGCGGACGUGUGAUGCAUGAAGCUGUGUCCGCCUGUCUGCAGCUCUGAUGCCAGCACAUCGCAUCCUCCUCUCCGGCUUCCAGAAGCAGUGAGUGUGGGGGGGGGGCGCCAACAGGGAGGGGUCCUUCCAUACCCUUCCUCUUCCUCCUCCUCCUCCUCCUCCUCCAACUCCUCCUGCCACCCGGCGGUGUGCGGGCAGCGAUGGCCACGGGAGAUGUGUCGAAGAAAGCGUCGGUGAGGAACGUGGCGGUGGAGAGAAAGAACCUCAUCACCGUGUGCAGAUUCUCAGUAAAGACGCUGUUGGAGAAAUACACAGCCGAGCCCAUCGAUGAUUCAUCCGAGGAGUUCAUCAAUUUCGCCGCCAUCCUCGAGCACAUCCUCAGCCACCGAUUCAAAGGCUCUGGCAACUGGUUCGAUGGACAGAGGAGUUACUGGGACUACGUCCGCCUGGCAUGUGCCAAAGUCCCCCACAGCUGCAUCAGCAGCAUCGAGAGCAUGGAAAACAUCAGCACCUCACGAGCCAAGGGCCGAGCCUGGGUGAGAGUCGCCCUGAUGGAGAAGAGACUGUCUGAAUACAUCGUUACUGCUCUGAGGGACAGCAGAACAACCAGGAGGUUAUACGCAGAAGGAGCCAUCAUGUUGAGGGAGGAAGCCACAGUUCUUACGGGGAUGCUCAUAGGUCUCGGAGCCAUAGACUUCAGUUUCUGUCUGAAGGGGGAGGCCUUGGACGGAAAAUCUGCGGCAGUGAUCGAUUACACACCGUACUUGAAAUUCACACAAAGCUACGACUACCAGAGUGAUGAUGACGAUCAGCACAGUGUCGACAGCAGCACGAGCGAUGACAGCGUCCCCGAUCACCCCUACGUCCCCCUGGUCACUGACCAGGAGAGCUGGAGCACAAAGUGUCGCAAGAUGGAGCAGAGGUUCAAGAUUGUCAACGCUCAGAAGGGUUACCUGGAGGAGCUUGUGCGCCUGCGUGAGUCCCAGCUGAAGAACACGGAGUUGGAGAACAAGAGGCUGAAGACCCGGCUGGAGGAGAUACAGAGCCAGAGCCAUCUGGAGAAGAAGGAGCUGGAGGCCAUCGUCCUGGAGCUUCAGGAGCAGCUGACAAGCUUGAUUCCAUGUGAUUCCAAUCAUCUGGCCAAAAACCUCUCGAUACCCCUGAUCAACCAGUGGCCGGUACUCCAGCCGUACAACAACCAAGAGAACGUCAAGCUGUUCCGCAGGAGGAGCUUCCCCAGCACGGAGCUGCUGUCAGUGGAGCUCAGCCUGGAUUCAGACUCUCAGAGGAUGGGGAAACAGAACGGAGAUUGGUGCACAGAAAAGGACUACACCCCCUCCAUGAUGGGCCUGUGUGGGUCCUUGGCCUCGAUCCCGAGCUGCAAGUCUCUAACAAGCCUCAAGUCCACUGAGUGCCUGGUUAACAUCAGCACAGAAAACAGUCCUGCGCUCUCUCCCAGCUAGGGGGCGCCAAAGAAACACUGCCAACCACUCAACAAACAGACAAUUCAAAAAACAAAAAGAGGACUUUUGGUAGGCGGACAAACGCGUUGUCUUUUCGCGACCCUCGAGUGCGUCCAGUUACCUUUUACGCUCCGAGCUCAGCACUCUCUCUAGCUUCACCUUUCAAGCGUUUGAGGAAGAGUGGCCUCCCCCGUCUGGGACUGUCCCAACAAAGACGCAGGGAUCAGCUGCUGUGCUGCCCGACGGCCUCCCUCACUUUCACUGUCUCUCAUUGUCUUGACAUGAUUAAGCCUCCUGGAAUGCAAACAACUGGUUCAUGUUUGACCUCUCUUGAAUCACCACACUUGAUUUUGUGCAAUGGCGGUAAUGCAUCUGUACCGGUCACGCUCAUCCAAACUCACUGUAGGGGCUGUUCUGUAUGUACCUGUCUGUUUGUCAGUGUCUUAUCAGUCUGUCAGUGUGUCUGCUGCAAAAUACAGACAGGUCUGUUGAGUUGUUUUAGGAAACAGAAAGAAUGUUUUGCCAUAUUACAAGAGAUAAAAAAAAAAAGGAGGUUGUUGAUGUGCCGAACCAAACAUGUGGCUACAGGUUGUAUGAAUUUGUAUAAAAAUUAACAGACGUAGCUUUAUGAUGUUAGGAUGAAUGCCAGUAUAGACCUUAUUCAAUCAUACAGUAGGUUAGAUACAGGUUUUGGGGAUGUGACACAAAUGAUCUGUGAGGUUACCAAGGUUUGCAGGGGCACUACAAUUUGAACAUAAAAAAAAUAAAGAUGUAAUAUCUAUUGCAUACAAAUGCAAAAUGCAUUGUGACUAUGCAGCGUGAAUGUUUUCAUUGUCUUUUUCUACAAACCUGGCUCGAUAGAAUAGUUUGAGAGAAAUGGUGAAUGUGUAACGUGCGUGUGUGUCAUCAGGUUUUUGUUUUAAUUUGUGUCUCCUUGUGAUCGUUUCUUUUUUGUGUUGUAAUUCAUUUUAUGUCACGGAGUACUUACCAAUAUACUUUAGCAUCAUGUAAAUUGCAAUCUCAUGCGGUUUUGGUGAGAGUUGGGUUAUGUUGUGUUAUUUAAAUCUGCAAUAAAACUGCCUUUUUUUGAAACAUUAAA